AUGCGUCGCUUCUUUGUUGAAGUCUUAGAGACCGGUCGAAACUUUUAUUAUCGAACGUUGCGGAAGUUCAGAAAUGAGGAAAAUGAGGAUCUGGAUUCGGAAGAACGUGCUGCGCUCAGCCAAUCGGCUGAACGUAUUUUUGCGCCAGAAUCCACGGACGACGAAUCAUCCGCUAUUCGGCUGUCACGCCGCUCAUCUGUUCUCGUAAUUUUUCAGCUAUUGGCGCCAUUUGUAAUAAUUCUGCAGUUAAUUUUUUACUGUUUCUUGAGCCUGUCGAAGCUCAUGGAAGAGGAAGCCACCGAUGUCACUGCCAGCUUGUGA